AUGUUGCAGUGUUUCGGGGCCCCCCGCCUCCUCCGCCUACUGCUGCUGCAGCAGCAAGACUUGCUGCUGCUGAGGCUGCUGCUGCUGCAGAAAGAUGCAUUUGUUCUCUGGUUCGACGUCACCUUUCCUGGCUAUCCUCCUGCUGCUGCUGCUGCUGCUGGUGAUGGUGGUGAUGGUGAUGGUUCUGCUGCUGCAGCAGAGAGCAGCAGCAGUUUCGUUAGGAUUGAGGAAGCAGCAGCAGCAGCACGAGCCGAAGCAGCAGCAGCAGCAGCAGCAGCAGGGGUCCCCCCACCCCCCCAUAUAACCCUCAACAGCAGAGAAGCAGUCGUUGACGCUACCAUGCCUGACGAAGAGCAGCAGCAGCAGCAGCAGCAGCAGCAGCAGCAGCAAGAAGAGCAGCAGCAGCAGCAGCAAGAGAAGCAGCAGCAAGAAGAGCAGCAGCAAGAGAAGCAGCAGCAGCAAGCAGAGCAGCAGCAGCAGCAGUAG